AGCAGGUAAGAUGAGGUCCAAAAGUAGUGGGGUGGAGAAUCCAGCAGACGGGGUUCUUGUGGUUCCACCAGGUGACCAAGUCAUCAACCAAGAACAGGAAGUAGGCAUGCCAGUGAAGAGCCUGAAGGCCAGAGUUCAACUGGAGGAAGGUGAGGAUGAGGCAGAUGUGAUCUCUGAUAAAGAGAAGCUGUUGUUCGAGUCCACGGAGGCUGGAGACAAACGAGGGGACAUCAAGGAUCUGUCCAAAGAGGAUCUGCUGAAACUGCUGGGGAUCAUGGAAGGAGAAGUUCAGGCCAUGGAAGAUAUCAUCUGUGUGCUGAGGUCCCAGCAGACUCCUCCAGAGGUAUUUGAGUCACAGUAUGGCUGUGUGGCCCCCAGUUCGGCCCUUAAAGCUCUGCAGAGGGACAGCUUCAUCACCGGUACCAAACAACGCAGCCCCAGUGUUUACCAAAAACCCAUGGCUGAGCUGAAACGUCUGCAGGAGAAGCACAAGGAGACGUACAGCCGGAUGCUGGGCCAACUGCUGAUGGCUGAAAAGUGCCACCGCCGCACGGUCCAUGAGCUGGAGACGGAGAAACACAAACACGCCGACUACAUGAACAAGAGUGACGACUUCACCAACCUCCUGGAGCAGGAGAGAGAAAGACUGAAGAGGUUGCUUGAAAACGAAAAAGCCUACCAAGUACGGAAAGAGAAGGAGCACUGCAAACGCCUGGCCAAGGUGCGAGAAGAGCUGGUCAAACUGAAGUCCUUUGCCUUGAUGUUGGUCAAUGAGCGCCAGCAGCACCUGGAGCAGAUGGACCAGCAGAGCCAGCGGGUCCAAGAGCUCAGCUCGCAGCUCCAGCAGCGAGACCAAGCUUUGAAUGAAACCAAGGAGCGAGCUCAGGAGGACACCCACCGGGUGCAAAGUCUGGAGGCUGAGCUUAAGGAGAAAUCCAGUAAACUCACCCAACAACAUGACGAAAUGAACACCAAGCUGUCUGACCGGGAGCUCCAAAAUCGUCAGCUUAACUCUAAACUUUUGGAGCUCACACACAACGUAGAGGAACUGGAGGCAAACAACAGGGCUUUGAGGAAGUCUGAGGAGGAAAUGCAGGAGUUAAGAGAGAAGAUCAGCAAAGGGGAGUGUGGCAGCUCUAAUCUGAUUACUGAAUUGGAGAACCUGCGGAAGAAGGUCCUUGAGAUGGAAGGAAAAGAUGAGGAGAUUACCAAGACAGAAAAUCAAUGUAAGGAGCUCAGGAAGAGGCUAGAGGAGGAGAAUAACAAGAGUAAAGACCUCAGGCUGGAAGUAGAGCGGCUUCACACAAGAAUGAUGGAGUUAGAGAAGCUUGAGGAAGCAUCCAGCGUUAGCAAAGCUGAGUGCGCACAGUUAAACCUCGCUCUGGAAACAGAGAAGGUCCUGACCAAGGAGCUUUCAGAUGAAGUGAUAGCUCUCAAGAUCCGUAUGAAAGAGCUUGAGUCUUCUGAAAUCAAGUUGGAGAAGUCCGAGCUAAGCCUCAAAGAUGAUCUGAGGAAACUCAAGUCUCUGACGGUUGCUUUGAUGGAUGAGCGAAAGGCGCUUAUGGAGACGGUGAAAUCAGAUGAAAUGAAAAAAGACGAACUGAGCAGCAUGGUCAAACUGGAGCAGGCUAGAGUUAUGGAUGUGACUGAGAAACUGAUAGAGGAAAGCAAAAAGCUCCUGAAACUAAAAUCUGAAAUGGAAACCAAAGUGGAGGCUUUAACAGCUGAAAAGGGGGAGCUCAGCUCUAAGCUAGCUUUUGAAACUGAUAAAACCGUGGAUCUUAACUUCAAGAUGAGCCAAAUGAAAAAGAAACUGGAUGGGUGUGAGCAGGCACAAAAGCUAUCUGUAAGGAACUCGGUGAUUUGUGAUCUGGGAAGAAUGUCUGACCCCAGCGGGAAAGAGGACAACAAAAUUAAAGAGCUCACAUUUGAAAUCGAGCACUUAAAAAAUCGCCUAAAACAACUUGAAGUAGUGGAGGGAGAUUUGAUAAAGACAGAGGAUCAGUAUGACAUGCUGGAGAAAAAGUUCAUGACCGAACAAGAAAAGGCAAACGUCCUUUCCCAGCAGGUGGAGGAGAUGAAGAAUCAGAUAGCAUGGAACAAAGCCAUUGAGAAAGGAGAAGAGGAAAGCCGGGAGGAAGAUCUCCAACAGCGGUGCAAGAGAGAAGAGGCCAAAUCCAGAGAGUUACAAGCCGAUGUGCUAGCAUUCAAGGAGAAGAUCCAUGAACUAAUGCACAAAGAAGAUCAGCUUUCUCAGCUCCAAGUGGACUACUCCAUCCUACAACAGAAGUUCUUGGAGGAGGAAGAGAAGGCUAAGAACAUGGCAACUGAGGUUUUCCACCUCACUAAAGAGCUAGAGAUGGCAAAGCGUCAAAGUCGAGCAUUACGGCCCAGCUUAAAUGGCAGGAGAAUAAUGGAUGUAGCUGCCACAUCCACUGGAGUACAAACAGAGCCGUCAUCUGUUGAACCAACAGAGGAGGACUCACCAGCCUGGUUUAUCAGAAAGUCUGUUCAAGAAGAGAACCACAUUAUGAAUAACAUUCGACAGAAAUGCCUAAAGAAGCCUGCUGAUAAGAGCAGCGCUGCUGAUCGCUGCCCUUCAGCUAGCAGCGAAUUUGGAAUAAAAAAAUCCUGGAUUCCCUGGAUGAGAAAAAAAGACACCAGUCCUCAGGAGAGCAGUCUAGAAAAACCUCUGCACAUUAAUGGGGAGCAUUUACCCUCUAAGCUGACCACGCCUCAAAACCAAGGGCAGCCUUUACACAUUCGAGUAACUCCAGAUCACCAAAACAAUGUUGCCACUCUUGAAAUCAGCAGCCCAACUGCUGAGGAUGGUUUUUCAAACUCAGCUCCUCUUAGCCCCAACCCAUGUCACCCAAAAUCCAGGAUCACAAUCAUUCCCACCUGUUCUGCUCCAACCACCCGAAGAAGGACGCCUACUGCACCUCAAGGUCUUGAAAGAGCUAAGUCUCCAGUCACCAUCACAACAAUAUCUAGAGCUAAGUCUCCAGAAAGCAGUCGACUCCCCUCCUCUACCUCAGGAAGACCCCUGUCCCCAGUUUCUGUUAUGACAAUCAGCAAUGCUGUGGUACCUGAGACAUCUGCUUCCCGAGAACCUCAGGAGAUGACCAUGGGACGGGCUGUGUUUAAGGUUACCCCUGAGAAGCAAAUGGUCCCAAUACCUGUCCGAAAGGGCCAAAAUAAUGGUAGCAUCAUCACCACCACCACGGAUGAUAACAAGAUUCACAUUCAUCUAGGCAGCAGCAUCCCCCCAAAGAUGGUAGUCAGACCAGUGGCUAACGUAACAGAAAACAAAGAGCUGACCCUUUCAACUGGGACAGUUUUGCGCUCACCACGCCAAAUCACAACCACUACAACCAGGAGCAUGCAGACAAAGGUGUCAAGCAGUAUUACCAUUUCCACUGUCACAUCCACAACUUCAAGACCCACCCAAAGCACGAUCGGACAUGAAACCCAGCUGGCUCGCACAGGUCUUACCCGGAUCCCAAUGUCCAAGAGCCUGAAGGCAGGAAAAGCUGCUUCCCCAGGAAUCUCAAGUGGAGUGAAGCUGGAGUCUCGGAUGGAGAGUCAGUCUGUGAGGAUAGAGGUCAAAAAAUCCACUGUGAAUAGCAAUAUUUUACAAAAUGGAGGAAAAACUUGA